GAUUCCUAUAAACAAUGUCAUUUUUAACAAGCUGGCAACUCACAGUUAUUUCAUUAUUAAUUACCUAUACAGUAUUGUUAAUUAAAUGUUAAUAAGGAGCCAUCAGUGACAUCGAGUGACGUUUUAAUCACUCUUAAGGCUGUCACUAAUAAUUCACUGCUGGUCUCUCCCUGCAAGUGACUGCAUUCUGGACAGAGGAGGGGGAGGCAGAGUAGAAAUAAAAAUACAUUCAAAACAACAAUCACUGAGGAGGAAGAAAUCCAACAUCUAUGAAAUAUGAUAAAGGAAUGUGCUGCUGAGAUUGAAGUGUAUGACCUUUCAUUUCUAAAAGAGGGGAAAGGCUCUCAGGAAGGAGAUAAGCAAGAGUGUUUUCGGACGACUUAAAUUCCUCCACCGAGAAAAAUAGUCCCACAGCUCUGUUACAUGUAUGUACAAAUAAGGGUAUAUAGGUACUGCAAAUAUGUGUACUUUAUGUAGUUUAAGGUUGACUCGUGGUCAUGGAAAUUAUCCCCCCCUCCUCCACAGUGACUGAAGUGGAAUUUCCCAAAGCUCCCAGCGCAUAUGCAAUCCAGUUUCAGUUUCACUUAUGGGCGACUUCCUAAAAAAGAUGCGAUAAAGCUUUAGUAGCUUAAUCAGGACUGACUGCUCUUCCAGGACUCUGCCUUACUGGCUGUCGUCCAGUGAAAAUCAUCAAAGGGAGGAGAUCUUGUUGGAUUUUUAAAAGCAGUUUGCUUCCUGUUCAUAGUCACACUCUGAAAGGACUCAAACGUCGUUUCUUUUCUUUUUUACCGCACCUACGGGGAAUAAUGUCUUUAUCUCACAUCCUUCUGGUUGUUUCUCUGACCGAUUUUCUGUACAGAAUCCAUGUGGACGCUUGUGAUAGAAACUGUGCAGAUAAACCUGUAUUCACUCCAUCCAGACUGGUAGUGAAGUAUGGUGACCCAGUCGCUGCCAACUGCUCUGUGUGUGAGGACUGUCUGUACUUAUUUGGUUUGGAAACACCUUUGGGAGAACAGAACCAAAACGGAACCACGAUUUCAUGGAAGGCUCCAAAAAUGACUGAAUGGGACCCAGCUCCCUCGUGCUAUUAUACUAAAAAAGAUUCUGAUGACCAGUGUUGUAGUGACCUGCCUAUAACUGUGUACCAGCCUCCAGAUAAUGUAUUGAUCAGGUUUGACGGUCACACUGGGCCGAUGUUUGAGGGUCAUAAUUACACUCUGCAGUGUGAAGUCCAGAAAGUUGCUCCAAUUGAAAACCUCAUUGUGAUCUUCUACAAAGGACAGACCGCACUGGAUAAACAGCCCUACAACGGCACAAAUAAGAAACCAGUGACUACGAUCUACAAUUUAGUCAUCAUCCCUCGUGAAGAAGAUGAUGGAGCACAGUACUGGUGUGAAGCUAAACUGGAGCUGGGACCUGAAGGACCACAGCCCCCUCCAGUGGUGAUCUCACAAAAGAUCACUGCCUCUGUGCACUAUAAGCCUCGGCUUCAGGGGUCACCACAUUCUCAAAUUACCAUCAAAACAGGAAGCCCUCUACUAUUGAACUGCUCGGCUUGGGGAAACCCGAGCCCCUCAUACAGCUGGACCCUACCAUCAGGUAGCCCUCACUCCUCCAGCAGCAACCUUCUCGCUAUCGACUCUGUAGCUUCUGCUGAUGGAGGCCUGUACACCUGUUCUGUCAGCAACAGUAGAGGGACUAUCAAUGUGGAGUUUAACGUGACUGUCGAAGAAAUCAACAUCAUCCUUAUAAUUGUGAUAGUUGUUGUAUUCGUGGCUGUGGUUGCUGUCGGUGGAUUGUUUUACUACCACUACUACCGGACCAAACGAAUGGGAAAAUACACGUUAAAGGACGUUUUCCGGUUAGGCAGACAACACACUGCAGUGCCCAUUACAGAGUAAGUCUAUGGGGAAGCAUGAAACGUGUAUGGACGGUUUGAAGCUGUUGCCUUGACAUGGUUAGGAGUUGAAGUGAAGUAGCUGAGUGGUUAAAAAACCACCAUAAACCACAACAUUUCCUGUUUAAGUCUUGUAUUAUUUUUUGUUGCAUUUCUGUCACCCUCAUUUCUUGUUAUCUCUCUAGCUAUCUAUUUUAGGCUGCCUUGAAUAACUAAAUGGAACAUGUGACUUUACGCGCUCUCUUAUACCCAGCUUGGCUCAGCGAAGCUGUAUUUAGCUGAACACUAGCUGCUGUAAAACCUCAUAUCUGAAGUUUAAGACAAACCACAUGGUUAAUGAUAGAUAGAUAGAUAGAUAGAUAAAAUAGAAAAAUAGAAUACAUUUAAAGUAAAAGAAAGAAAUAGACCUACAAAUAGUGAUAAAAAAACUAUAUACAAUUAACUGAGGCUGUAGACACUGAAUGAUGAUCACAGCAUUAAGCAGAGUAGUGCAAAGUGAGAAUAGAUAGAUGGAUACUAUAUAAUUAUUGUUUAUUGAUUUUUCAGUGACAAUAGACUGACAUUAGUAAUACUAAUUAGAUACAAAUACUUUACAAGCUUUGUCAGCAAAGUCAAAGAAGAAGUCAGUCUGUUGCCUUAUUGGCUUCAGGACAUCUCGCUAAAGUACCGCAGUUUAAAGACUAGCAAAAAUGUUGAUUAUUGUGCGUUGUGGCCUUGUUGUCAUUGCCUUAAAUAUAUGGAUAAGGCACAAAUAUGUAACAUAAAAUAUUGCUGACCAGUUCCACCAAGUCACUAGUUAGUGACAUGAAGAGCAGAACUAAAAUCAUGAUAACGAGUCAAUAUGGUGCGGUGCUUAUUGUUAGUAUAGCUGUUGUUUAGAUGAAAAUGUUUUUUUUUUUUCUUUUAGUUGUAUUUAUUACCUUUUUUUAUCCAACAACACUUAUCGCGUACAUGUAUUUGUUGUGUGUUGUACAUAUAUAUACACAUAUAUAUAUAUAUGUACUGUAUUGAUGUGCUAAGUGAAAAAGAGGAAAUUAUUCACACUAGAGCAUCAAUCAGGAGGUAUAAGCUUUGACUGUGUUUAUUUUAAAUAUGUGAUUACAUUUUGUACAUAUGGUAAGAUGCAGUCUCUUUCAUUGAUAUUUUAUUUUAAGUAUUGUCCAUUAACUAGUAGUUAAAUGGAGACAUUGUUUAAACACAGAUGCACCAGUGUGUUCACAGUUUCUCUAUUUAUCGAGUAAUUUAUAGACUGUAUCUACUGUACAUAUAUUUCUAUAUACAUGUACACAAACAUGUUCAGACUUUCUUGCAUGCAUGUGCACACAUGUACACUGACCGGCCACUUAAUUAGGUACAUCUGCACAGUCUAAUGUGAUCCAAUACAACAACUCAUACAAGCUUCAGGAAAGUAAGGUAUAAGGCUGCCUAGUGAGAGGUGUUUCUAAUAUCACGACCUUCUCAUGUGUGUAAAUAGGAUAUACUCUACAAUAACUCUAACAAUUUACCAUGUCACAAAUGUCACACACCCCUCACUAUGAAACAGUAGAUUGACAAAAAAUGGGCUUAAACUCAUCCCAAGACUACAGGCCAGACUUUUGCUCAGCCAGAUUCACAUCACACUGCAUGUCCUGCCUACCAAGACCAGUGGCCAGUUAUUUCACUCACUCACUGAUUUAGCACAGACAAUGUUUCACGCCACUUUGUAGGAUGCAAGAGUCACUGUCUCAGCAUGCUUGGCAUAUUGUAUAUACAAUACACACAAUCAUAACAAUAAUUAUAAGGAAUAAGAAGAGGGAAGACACAAAAAAUUCUGAAUAUUUUUUUUUUUAAAGUUGGACACAUGCAUUUUUUACUGGCCAAGAGCCACAUGUGGCUCCCGAGCCGCAGGUUGUCACAUGCUCACUUAGUUUCAGUGUGACACAAUGGAAAGCACAGGAAAUCCUGAUGCCAGUGGAACUGAGAGUAACUGUGAAUGAAUUUCCUGUUUGUUACAUAGUUACCUCAUUCAUUCAGAACUCUUUGUGAUUAUUUGAAUAUGAGGCUUUUACUGGAAACUCCGCUGCAGAGAUUAUCUAAGGGUGGAGAGAGCCAUUUCAUAAUGUAAACAGAACAAUUUCACUUUCACUCUCUCAGUGUGUAAGUGGGUGACUUAGAUGAAAGUAAGGUGGAUUCCAACUCUUUUACAACUGAAAACAGAUAAAAAAGAAAUGGUAGUUGGCAUGUUUACAAUGUGAUCACCAGCCCAAAAAGUGAAAACACUUCCUGAGGAAACGCCUGUGUUUCCUGGUCUGAAAUCCUUGCCCAGUCAUCUAUGUUUAUAUCAAGUGCAGGCUUCUCGAAAGCCUGUUAUUAAAAGUGAUUUUUCAUGGGAAUGCAAGACUUGGAUGUUGUCUUUGUGUUACUGUUUUUAUGUAUUGGUUUAUCUUUAUAUCUGUACCAUAACAUACACUUUGUACUGAUCUGUUUUUAAAUGUUUCUGAUGCUUUGCUGCAUAUGUGUGUGUAUACUGUAUGUGGUCAUAAAUGAGAGACUGAACAUAAUGAAAUUAUUUUCGUGGGUGUUUUAUUCCAAGAACUGCCCUCAUUUGAGAACAGCGUUAAUAAAAAAAACAAUAACAAAAUA